AUGAGUUUAGUCAAUUCGAGUAGCUCCUCUGCUACCUUGCCAUUGAUCAAGGCAAAGAUCACGAUUACCCAUCUCGCACGACUUCCAGAGAGAGCUUCCAUUGAACUUUUCAAUUUACGAACAGCACUCGAAGAACACAUCUCCUUAGGAGUACUCGAUGAUCGUUGUCCACUGCGAAAUACAAGAAACGAGAUUGUGUAUUGA